AUCUUACCACCACGAUGUCUGACAUGCUGAAAGCGUCUACGAACCUCCCAACAACCUUCCUGAAGAUAGAGCGAUGUCGAAGAGUUGCCCCGGGAUUUUUCGUCCCAAGCCUCAAAUUUAAUGGAUGCUACAGAGACGCCGGUUCCCUAUAUUUAGCGAUGCCGUCUGUGGGAUACCCAGGACCUUCUACCUCCGCAGAGGGUCCAUGAGCUUUGAAGCCUAACUAGAUUGCACUUUGACCACCAUGACCGUUCUUCGAUUGGGAAGCACUGCUCCUGACUUUGAAGCGGAUACCACCGAGGGCCCGAUAAAGUUUCACGAAUGGAUAGGCAACUCAUGGGUUAUGCUGUUCUCACACCCGGGCGACUUCACGCCUGUGUGCACAACUGAGCUUGCAGACAUCUCUCAUCGAUUGCCGCAGUUUGUGAGCCGCAACGUGAAGAUUAUUGGCAUAUCCACGGAUAAUGUCCAAUCGCACCAUGAGUGGAUAGAGGACAUUAUAGAAAUCGGCAACAAAACGGCACCCACCUGCGUUGAAUAUCCCAUUAUUGCGGACCCAGAGCGAAACAUAUCGCGUUUGUACGAGAUGCUUGAUGAACAGGAUGAGACAAACGUCGACGGAGAAGGCUUGCCUUACACUAUUCGCACCGUGUUCAUCAUCGACCCUCGCAAGAAAAUUCGUACCAUGUUGCACUACCCUGCCUCUGUCGGUCGAGAUUUCGACGAAGUCGUUCGGUACGAUAUAUCCGCUUUUACUUCUAUUAAUGAACAUUGCCUCCUAAAUGAUUCACGCCCUUACAGCAUUAUUGAUGCGCUGCAACUUAGCGAACAGCACAAAGUCAUGACGCCGUGCAAUUGGAGGAAAGGGGACGAUGUCGUCGUGCAUCCAAGUCUAUCCGAUGAAGAGGCAAGGAAGCUUUUCCCUUCUUAUAAGACUCAGUUGGUGAGCCUUUUUGUUCUACUAGUGAUCCACCCUCUUCAUGGCAAGUCUUCAACAGCCCUAUCUUCGCACAACGUCGCUGGAUAAUCAAUAGCAGCUAUGAACUCCUUGUCCUCAUUCCUUGUUGUAUUUUAUAUGUACUUUCUAGACUUUUCGCUAUCGUCUCGUCGAUCUUGCUCUUAUCAUCUACUGUAUGACUUAUCGUUCAUAUUGUAUCUCAUUGCUCCCGUUCUUACAUUCCUCCGUUCUAUCCCCUUUUAACUCUGCCCUAGAAGCCCCGUCCUAGGUGAGACGCUCGUCCUCAACUCGGUGCUAUCUUCCUCCUAUCUUUGACAACCGUUUCGCCGCUUCUCGGAAGUACUUCGUCUUGAGAUUGAUGUUGUACAGCAAGUCAUUCAUCGAUGUUGUAUCCCC